GCAAUUGAAUCUUUCUACUACUGAAUAUUCGUAUAUAUCCUCCACAUUCUGGGAAGACAUUUUAUCAUUUUUUGACUAUUGCCUAUUCAAGUUUUGGGUUCAUCAAACUGCAGCAAUAGUCAUAUUUUGAAAUAGGAGGAAUGGAGGUGUUAAGAGCUUUUGUGAACAGUCCCAUUGGCCCUAAAACAACUCAUUUCUGGGGCCCUGUUUUCAACUGGAGCCUCCCUAUUGCAGCAUUUUUAGACACCAAGAAACCCCCAGAAGUGAUAUCAGGCAACAUGACUGCAGUAAUGUGCGGCUACUCAGCAUUAUUCAUGAGGUUUGCAUGGGUGGUACAGCCACGCAACCUCCAUCUUCUUGUCUGCCAUGCCUGUAAUGAAACCGUGCAGCUUUAUCAGCUCUCCCGUUGGAUCAAGGCUCAACAGAAUUCACAGAAGAAAGAUGAAACUGAGGCACCAAACGGCAACAAAGAUGACUAGUACCACAAUGAUCAUUACACCUUGAUCUUCAAUAAAGCCUCUAUUGUAAAAUUUGCUUCUUUCUCAACAAGAUGAAGUAUAAUUUUCUAUAAAGCUUGAGUAAACAAAGCUUAAUAGCUUAUCUGCGCUACUUAACCUUUGAUUCGCUUGGUUAUGGUUUGUUUAAUAUUUUAGCUUAAAGAUGAGCUGCAUUCAUUGAUUUGUAAACUUUUACAAAGAAAGGAAGAAAAAGUCUCAAUACAUUGAAAUUAAACUCAAAGAUAUACAAAUUAAAGA